AUGCAGUUCGCAUUGCCUCCGCGGAGGAGCCUUCAUACUCUCCCGGGCGCCAAUUCCUCACGACUACCGCUGUACCGAAGAAAACAGCUCAAGACGAUAGCCAUAUUUGCGUUUGCCGUCCUUACACUGCUGUACCUAUUAUCGCGUCUCUUCUCGUCAAGCUCGACUUCGCUUUCUCCGCCGGCUGGUACGGCGGGUAUGGUGAUUGUGACGUUGUUGGAUCGUCAAAGUCUCAGCGAGAGCUAUAUCAAUAAGAUUGUCACGAAUAGGGAAGACUAUGCCAAGCGCCAUGGGUACACGAACUUCUUCGCAAGCGUCUCCGACUACGAGGAAGCUAUAGGCGACGCCCCUCGAAGCUGGGCCCUCAUCCCAGCAAUGCGUCAUGCAAUGGCAACGUAUCCCAAAUCCAAAUACUUCUUUCACCUAAGCCCUCACGCGCUCGUCAUGAAUCCUACCACAUCUCUCAAAUCGCACCUCCUCGACCGAAGCCGCCUUGAAUCGCUGAUGCUGAAGAAUGUCCCCAUCGUCCCGCCCGACAGCAUUAUCAAGACAUUUGCGCUUAAACAGAAAGACGUUGAUCUUAUUCUUACUCAGGAUGGCGAGGAUUUGAGUCCUUCUAGCUUUAUUCUUAAGAAUGGGGACUUUGCGCGGUUCUUCUUGGAUCUUUGGUUUGAACCGCUGUUUCGGAGUUAUAGAUUUGCUAAGGCUGAGACACAUGGACUGGAUCACAUUAUGCAGUGGCAUCCAACGGUGCUGGCUCGGACGGCUUUAGUGCCCCAGCGGAUUCUGAAUGCGUACAGCAAGGACUCGUCGGGGGCCUCGCAGGAUGGUUCUUACAAGGAUGGUGACUUUGUCAUUCGGUUCCCUUCGUGUGAUGAGGGGAAAGCUCGCGAUUGCGAUGAAUUGGAUCCAUAUUACUCGAUGUGGUCGAAGAAGGCCAAGAGUACCUGA